AAAGAAGUUUUCAUAAGUGCUCUUUUGUUUUGUGUAGCAUAAUUUCGUUUGUGACUGUACCAAGGUUCUUCCGAGCGGACGAGACACGCGGUUUCAGUUGGUCAAAAUGGCGUCCACAGGUAGGAAGUGUGAUGUAGGGCGCUCCGAAACACAGCGUGAAUAUAUUAUUCGUCCGCGAGAUCGCAAAGAGCGGAAACACUACACAGAUGACUGGGCGCUUGGAGAUGAGGAAAUUGAGGGUCGGCGUUCAUUCCGGUUGGAUGACAAGAUGGAAAGUGAUCGUUUUCCGCAGUGUUUUGUUAAGGAGAUGGUAGGAUCAGAUUUCAACUUGGCUUACCUGCAGAGACAUGGAUUUAACACUCCAUUACUGUUUCGUGAUAAAGCUGGUCUUGGGUUGCGAGUCCCCAGUCCAAAUUUUUCUGUUAAUGAUGUUCGGAUGUGUGUUGGCUCACGGCGGGUGCUGGACGUGAUGGAUGUGAAUACACAGAAAAAUGUAGAAAUGUCAAUGAAGGAAUGGCAGCGAUACUAUGAUGAUCCGAACAAAGAUAAGCUGCUCAAUGUCAUCUCCCUUGAAUUCUCUCAUACAAAACUUGAAAAUUAUGUUCAGACUCCAAAUGUGGUACGACAGAUUGAUUGGGUUGAUGUUGUGUGGCCAAGACAUCUGAAAGAUGCACAGACUGAAUCUACCAAUGUCCUUGAUGAAAUGAUGUACCCUAAAGUUCAGAAAUACUGUCUCAUGUCUGUUAAGGGAUGCUACACAGAUUUCCAUGUGGAUUUUGGCGGCACUUCAGUUUGGUACCACAUACUCAAAGGAAGUAAGAUCUUCUGGUUGAUUCCCCCUACAGAACGGAAUAUCCAGUUGUAUGAAAACUGGGUUCUGUCUGGAAAACAGUCUGAUGUAUUCUUUGGUGACACUGUGGAUAAGUGUGGCCGAGUGACUUUAACAGCUGGAAAUACAUUCUUCAUUCCUACUGGUUGGAUUCAUGCAGUCUACACACCACUAGAUUCACUUGUUUUUGGUGGAAAUUUCCUUCAUUCUUUUGGAAUUGAGAAACAGUUGAAGACUGCACAAGUUGAAGAUACCACACAUGUUCCACAGAAGUUCCGGUACCCAUUUUUCACAGAGAUGCUGUGGUAUGUGCUUGAGCGUUAUGUCCACUGCCUGUUAGGACGUUCUCACUUGGAUGAAGGAGGUGGUGGAGGAGCAGGGAGUCCUGAUUCGGACACUCCAAAACCUCAGAAUUCUCCUCAACAAGCUCCAGAAGACCACAUUCAUUUAACACCACAGGAGCUGCAUGGACUUAAAGCCAUUGUAAUGUUCCUCCAUUCACUACCCACCAACAAGAAGAAUGUACCAGAAUUAAUUCGAGAUCCUAUUGCCCUUAUUAAAGAUGUACGCACUCUUGUGGAACAACAUAGGUAUGACAGUCCUGAGGCUGCUGUCACUGGUAAACCAAUAUUGAGAGGACCAGAUCAGUCUGACAGACUAAUUUUGCCCAGGAAUCGUGGGCGUCUUCCUUUGACCAAGAACUCUGGUAACCGUAGUUCAACGCCUUUGCCACCUGGCAGUAAGCAAGGGAAACAUCGUGCAGGAGGUAAAGGUGGAACCAACCAGGGCGGAGGGGGUCCAAGGAGAAGGCGAACACGAUGCAAGAAGUGUGAGGCUUGUCAGAGGAGUGAUUGUGGUGAUUGUUCAUUCUGCUUGGAUAUGGUCAAGUUUGGUGGUUCAGGUCGAGCAAAACAAACAUGCAUCAUGAGGCAGUGCUUGCAGCCAAUGCUCCCAGUUACUGCAGCCUGUGCCAGUUGCGGACUUGAUGGCUGGGGCCAGCAACCUGUCAUUCCAAUUCAGAAGAUGAACAGAGAGAUACCUAGUUCACUAAUGGAGUGCAGUGUGUGUUAUGAGAUUAUCCAUCCGGACUGUGUUGCCAAACUCUGUCCUGGUAUGGAAGGAGUUGUAAACGAAGACCUGCCCAACAGUUGGGAAUGUCCCAAGUGCUGCAAGGAGGGGAAGAAUGUUGAGUACAGGCCUCGUCAUUUUAGAGCAAGACAAAAGUCAUCAGACAUCCGUCGGAUGUCUGUGAGCAGUGAUACAAAUUCAGCAUUGUUGGAUGCAAUUAAGGUUGAGGGAAUGAAAGUGGAACUGGAUGCAGUGGCAGCUAUAAACACUACACCAGGUUGUGAAGAUUUUGGUCGUCCACUCACCCCACGGGAAAAUCCGUCUUCUGUUAGCCCAAUAGCAGGUGAUGCAGCUCCUGCAAAGAGGCCAAAGUUAGAACCAGAUGAUACUUUUAAUGAGCAUCAGUCAUCAAACUGGGAUGAACGAAUAUUAUCUUCAAAUGAAGCCAGUGUCUCACCACCUGGUAGUGUAGCACUGAAACACAGUCAGAGUGCAGAGGACUUGCCUUCAAGUGUUGCAAGCCCUGGUAACAUGAGCAACAGUGGAACUGGUGGCCCUGCUGAACCAAGAAAAUUGGCGUUACGUACACAGUUAGCCCAUCAGCUCUCUGCUAAUUCCAGUAAAGUUCUGAAGAGACCCAGUUAUGUUGUACGACCUGCACCUGGUUUAGCCAGAGCAGUAAUGGGUGGGACUACAACUGGAUGUACAAAUCUUGCUUUAGAGAAAGCUUGCAUUUUGCCUGUGUUUCGAUAUCUUAGUCCUGCUGAACUUGCCAUCUGUGCUGGAGUUUGCAGGACAUGGUCAAGAUUUUCUGUUGACCCAAGUUUGUGGCGCCGUAUGGAGCUGUCACAUAGACAUAUCCUGACUGCACAGCAUUUGGCUGGAAUAACCAGGCGCCAACCAGAACAGUUAGUUUUAGAUUGGAGUGGUGUAGCAAAACGGCAGUUAGCUUGGUUAGUGACCAGGCUUCCACAACUCAGAGAACUUUCACUCCAAGGGUGUAGCUGGGCAGGGGUUAGUGCAUUACGUACCUGCGCUUGCCCGCCUUUAGCUUCUUUGGACUUGAGUUUUGUAUCUGGACUCAAUGACGCUUCCCUGAGGGACAUUCUGAGUCCACCACCAGAUUCUAGGCCAGGUCUUGUGGAUACUAAAUCACGACUUAGAAACCUACGCACCUUGCGAUUGGCAGGCUGUGACUUAACUGAUGUUGCCCUGCGUUAUGUGACACAACAUCUUCCUCGUUUGGCUGAAUUGGACAUAUCAGGGUGUCAGAGGGUCUCUGAUGCUGGGGUGGCUCAAUUAGCAACACCUCCUGCAGCAACCAUAAACUUACUUCAUAGUCUGAAUCUUUCUAAUUGUCGACUUCUCACAGAUGCAAGUUUAGAACACCUUGCAAGGUGCGAUGCCUUGGUAAGGGUUGAUCUGCGACACACUCCAUAUGUCACGGCUGCAGCCAUUGCAAAAUUUGCAGUUAGAAGUCGACAUGGAUUGAAGGUAAUGGAUGGUAAGCUCAUAGCCAAGAGGCCAGCCCCUGCUUGAGACUGAUGAUUUAUAAAUGUAGGUGCAACAUCUAAUUACAGCACAUGUGAAACAUCAGUAGGGUGUUUUGUUUUCGUAGCUACACAAUUCUAUGUAAGCAGCAUCUUUGAUUCACAUGUAAGUGAUGGAGUCCCACGCCACUGUAGAAAAAUGACCAGCUCUUCAUCCCUUCUAAAUUGUAUUCAUUAUAUGAUGCAGUACUUAACUGCAGUGUUAGCAUACAUCAUACACAAUCUAACACAUUUGAAGGUUUCAUAAGUACCUUACAAAAUGAUUAAAUUACCAAGUGCGAUGAAUGAUAAAGAACAUUAGGAGCUGUGUUAUUCAUUUGUUAGAUUGGUUCAUUAAUGAAAUGUUUAAGAAGAUUAGUUAUUAUGUAAGUAUUAAUCGAUAACUGUCACUUGACCUGAGGAACAGUGAUGUAGGUAUGUUGGUAUAGGCUUUAAAAAGUUUAAAUACUGCAGAAGUUAUGUGUAAACCUGACAUUGACAACUGCAGAUUUACAGAUACGAAGUAUUGUUUCAUUGUCAACAUUAUCAGCAAGUCCUUACCAGGGAUCAAUGAGACAACCACUAAAUGAAGACUUGGACCUUUUAUUAUAGUGAAGAUAUGUGUGUUAUGUGAACAUGAAACAGUGUGAUUUUAACAGUUUAUAUUGUGGCCUUGUAGCAGUAUGUGUACGUGUGUAUAUACAUACAUACAUACAUAGGUCCAUAUGAUGGCUUGAUGGUUACAGCAGAGUGUUAAAAUAAUGUAAUAUGAUAGACAGAGUAGUUUCUGUCCUGUGGUAAUUCGGGUAUGUUCAGUGACAGAAUUAAUCCAAGCAACAGAAUCAUGGAGGGGUUUUCUGAAGAAGCCUUAUGAAUGUAGAGGUUGAUGUUUCUCCACUUGGGACCCAUUUAGAUGGUUCUUAUCAUGCAUGAGAACAGAAUAAUUGUAAGAUUUGAGGUUUUCACAGCGGUGACUAUGAACAAAGCAGUCUUCUGGGAUGUUGCACCAUGUAGAUGUGUUAACCGACGUUUCGGAGGAAC